UGGGUAUGGGGCAGGGUGGCAGUGUGGCGCCUCCCGCCCGGGCCAUCCGCCCUGCGCCUCCUCCCGCCAAGCUGAAGUCCCGCCACCCUAUCAGCUGAUGUUAUUGGAGGCCGCGUCGUCUGUGGCUACCCAAAUACUGUUAUUCAUUCAUCCAUCCACCCCCCACUUCCCCUCAAUGAAGCUGUAUAUCUUCUGAAGAAAGAAGAAACGUGUAAGGCUCCCAGGCUGCACCAUAGGGCACGUGUAGCCUGUGUACCGCGGCGGCCCAGCAGGUGGUAACACAUGAAGAUGAAAGAGCUUAGUAUCCUUGGCUGGCAUUAGUGUUAAGACAGACUCCGACUCGUCUACUCAUGCAGUUUCCAAGUUCCCCAGGGCAUGAUGGAGGCCAGCAUAUGCUCACAGGACAAGAACGUGAACCUGUAUUUUGUGCGGCCGGCUGAGGGGACCUCCUCCUCUUGCCUCCUCUCUGCUUAUGAGGCAUGUGAAAAAUUUAAGUCCAAGUGGAUCUCGGCUGACAAGUGCCUGCAGCUGCGCCCCGCCAAGCAGGAUGUGUUUGUCUGUGAUCCGUUUGAGGGCAAGGCCUUUGUGCAUCUCACCUCGGGCUUCAAGUGUGUCACUGUGGGGCCGCGGUGCAUCUUGUCCUGCCUGCACCGCCAGGAGGCCAUCCCACAGCUGCCAUCCCCGAUCCACAAUAUAGCCAUGCUGGGCCUCGUGAUCACCACCACCGGGUUCUCGAAUGCCAAGAAGGAUGAGCUGAAGACCCUUGUGGAGCGCAUGGCUGGCAUCUACUCGGCUGACUAUCACCUCGGAGUCACCCACCUGGUGGCUAAUGAGGUGGGCAGCAAGAAAUACCAGGUGGGAGUGGAGCAGGAGAUCCCCAUCAUGACUGGGGAGUGGGUGUAUGCAGUGUGGCAGGCCGUGGUGAAGGACCACACUCAGCACAUCAUGGCCACGGAUGAACGCUUCCUCUCCCACACAUGUCCAGUGCUUCAUGGCAUGGUGGUGUGUGUCUCUCAGCUGGACCGAGCCACCAAACUUACUCUCAAGGGAAUUAUUGAGGAGAAUGGUGGGACAUACUCUGCCAUGCUAGAAAUGUCCAAAACCUCCGUCCUCAUUGUGUCUGCUCCUGAGGGUGAAAAAUACUCACAUGCAUGCAAGUGGCGAAUCAAGUGCCUGACCCAAGACUGGAUCUAUGACUCGGUGCAGCGCGGCCAUGCACUCACCAUGGAAGGCUACGAGGUGAAGAAGCAGAAGCUCUCCACACCAGUCAGCAGUCAGGCAAACACCACGCUGCCCCCAGAAGUGUCUCAGUGCAGUGCCAUCAACGGUGAGAGUGCACUGCUCAAGACCAGCGUGGAUGAAACAGCAGCAGAUGCAAAUGAGACAGUGUCCAAGGAGAGGAAGCAGACAUUAUCUAAGGAAGUGAACCUUGGACUUGAAGCUGUGGAGAACCUGGACCUGCAGGAAGCACAGCGGGCCGGCCUCUUCCUUGAUGGCUGCAAGAUCUUUCUCUCAGGCUUCACCAAUACACACCUGGAGAAGCUGCGGCGCGUCCUCAACUUUGGUGGCGCGACGAGGUUCAACCAGCUGACUGAGGCGGUGUCCCACAUGGUUAUUGGUAAACCCGUGGAGGAGCACCUGAGCCUGGUGAGGGAAUGGAGCACUAGGCCUCAUUUGGUGUAUGGCCGAUGGGUCACAGAGAGCAUCAAGCUGAGACGGCCUGCAGAUGAGUCACAAUUCACCCACCCACUGGAGGAGGAGGCAGUGGUGGAAGAGGUAAAGCGACCCCAGCACUCCGCCACCUCCCACACCAAUCCUGAAGGGUCCCUGGAGGAGGAUGAUGUGCUAAGGCAAUACUUGAAGCCAGGACACACCAGCAAUGCAAAUUUAACCCCCAGUACAGCUCCCAGUGACUCCCAGGAUCAGCGGGUCACCAGGAUAUUCUUGAACAAAACAUUCACGGUGUCUGGAUAUUCGGAGGAGCUGGAGGAGACACUGACAGAGAUGGUGGAGGAUGCAGGGGGCCAGGUGGUAACUUUGAGUUACCCCGGCCCUGUGCACUACUCCCUGGUCACUCCGGAGGGCCAGUGCCACCCUAAGACAGAGGAAGUGGUGUCCCAUUACUUCCUGGAGGACUGUGUUAAUGCAAAGAGGCUUCUUCCUGUGGAGUACUACCAUGUGCCUCUCAUCCUGCCGGGGGAUGCUUAUCCCCUGGAGGAGUGUUGUAUCACCAUCUCCACCUACACCAAGAAUGAGAGACUCUUCUUAGAGAACCUGGCAACCCUCCUUGGCGCACGGAGCCAAGAAAUGUUUGCCAAGAAGCCCAAGCCAGACAAGGGCAUAGUAUCCUCCACACACCUGGUCUGUCCCAAGCCCACUGGAAACAAAUACCAGGCAGCCAAGAAGUGGGGUGUGCCGUCUGUUUCUGCUGACUGGCUCAUCGAGUGCUCCAGGGUAGCCAGGAAGGUGCCUGAGGCAGACUUUGCUGUGGACCAAUCUGAUUGCCGUAAAGUGGAUAAGAAGAAGAUUUUUAGGGAUCAUUUAGGUGCCAUGCUGGAGAGGAAACAGGUGGAGAAUGGAAGAGAGCCACCAUCACCGGACACCAGAAGGAGCAAUAGUUCUGGUUCCCGCACUCCAUCACCUGACUGCUUGCUGCGAGCUCACACUGUUGCAGAAAUACACACAGUCCCACGGCUAUCAACAAACCACAAUGAGAAAAAUACUGAGCCCUCCAUGCCUGCCUCCAGACCAGACCUGCCCAAGCUGUCAUCCACCACCAGAAGUAAGGUGAGGGAGAUCAGUGACUCCUUCAGCACCUCUCCACCACCACCACCUGCUAUCUCCACUGAAACUCCAGGCAGGGAAUUCUAUAGAAAGUUUUACGAAGACAUCAAGGAGACGAUGAGGAAAUACAAGAGGAAAACACCGUUGCAGCUGCAGGAGGGCAGGUCACAGGUCUCCACUGCACAGGAGAGUCAGGAAACAAACUCACAGAACAGGAAAGAACAGACAGAGGAGGAAAAAUGUGAUGGGCCACUGAAAGGAGUGGUGGUUUGUUCCUCUCGUAAGUUCAUAGACCAGUGGAAGGAGAUGGACCAGGUGGUGACUGAGCUGGAUGGCCAAUUCUUGCACAGUUAUGGUCUGGAGGUCACCCACUUCCUCUUCCAGGGGCGCUCUAAUGACCUCAACAAGGAGUUCCGUAGGGCCAAGCAAGAUGGGAAGAUUGUUGUGUCCCCCGAUUGGCUGUGGCUGUGCCAGGAGAAAGGAAUAAGAGUGGAUGAGGAGUUGUUUCCUCACACAUACAACCCCAACAUGAGCUUGCCUCUUACUGGGGGCAUGAGGUCCCCCAAGAGCAAAAACAGUCUGAAGAGGAAGUAUCCAGAGGAAGGAGAGGAGGUGGAGGAGGAAUCUUCACAGCAGCAGGAGAAGCAGCAGCAGCAGCUGGAGAGUAAACCAGAGAGUGAAUCAGAUCAGGAGAAAGAAAAACUGUCCAAGCAGCUGGAGGAGAUAGGAGCACUGGCCCAAGUGAGUGGGAAGAGGAGUGGUGUAGGGAGAGGAAGGACCAAACCCCCAGGAGAGUGGUGCCGACCUACUGCUGCAAGACAUGUUGAUAUUGAGACACAGCCAAUUUCUGGAGAAGAACCUGAGUCCCAAAGCACAGGCAUCACCUGGGAGGACCCUGUGGAGCGUGAGGCAAGACUUCACCUGUGGAAUCAGCUUGGUGGAAGCACUGAAGACAUGAUGGAACAGAACCAGGACCAAGACCAGCAGGAGAGUGUAGAGGAAGAAACUAAAGAAGAGGACAAAGUGAGACAUGAGAAAGUUAAAGAGAAGGCAGCACCUGCCUGUAAUGAACUUCUUGAAAUGGUGAACAAGCCUUCUAGCAGUUUGACACCUGUGUUUGUGUUGGUUGGGAUGUCUGAGGAGAAGCGACAACACUACAGCAAAAUAGUGCAGGAACUGGGCGCCACCAUCACCCUCGGCCCCACCUUUAACCCAGAGAUCACCCACCUGGUGGCUGAGACACUGUCCCGCUCAGAGAGGACGCUGGCUGCCAUUGCUUCCGGCAAGUGGGUGUUGCACGACUCGUACCUGGACCACUCCUUCCAGGAGGGACACUUCCUCCAGGAGGAGCUGUAUGCAUGGGGAAAUCCAGCAGCCCAGCACCUGCCUCCACUCCAGCCAGAGAACACACGUGUCCAGCUUGCCAAGGCUGCCUGGCGCUGGAGGUGUGCCAUCAAUGGGUCAGAUGGUCGCAUGUGCCAGCAGCCCUUCCAGCACAUGGUGGCCCUCGUGCUCUCCAGCAAGGACCGGGUGGGAGCCUUCACCCGCAUGAUCAAGGCCGGCGGGGGAGAGGUGGUGACGGCCAGCCCUCCAUACGGGGACUUGCAGGGCAUCACGCACUUCUUUGUUGAGAUGGACAAGACCACAGAGAAGGUGGACAUUGAGGCCUUCGUGGGGAGGGGAAUCCCAUGCCUCAAACCCAUCUUUAUCAACAACUACCUGAUCAUGGAUCCGCUGCCUGAAGAGGAGGACCACUACAUCUCUCAGUACAAAGACUUGUUGCUCUCCAUGAGUGGUCACAACCAGAGUGGUGUGAAGCGACUGCGAAGAGAGUGAUCCUCAAGACCGAUGGCACAAGUCAGGUGACUCCAAACUCUUCACUACUCAGGUCGCAGUAUUUGUUUUACACUUUUAUGUUAAAUAUUUGUGUCUUUUAAGUCACAAGUAAGGUGUUUGGGAACAGUUACAAAGAGAGAAUGUUGUGCAUACUAUGAGAAGUUUCAUAUGAUACAAAAAAACAUUAAGCUUUAAGUGAAAGAAUAUUUGACCAACAGGCCAGGCCUUUAACAUUAGUGGCCUUGUUGUUGUAGCAAUAGUUAUAACAAUGUGUUGAAUGGACAGGCACUGGACAUACCAAUAAUUGUCCAGCUGCAUGACAGAGUUCAGAUGGGAAUCAUUUAUCUUUUAUUCUUAUUGUAAGCCACUGUUGACCAGAUAGAGACUAUAACAAGACAGAUGUUGCCUGGAUGGUAUUGUUUGGAGAUCUUUGCAUAGAUGAUAUAUGUGUAUAUUUUUUACUGAAGACAAAAAAUACAAUAAAGGAUUUUUAAUCAUUGUGU